AUGUCCGGCGACCGGAAGCGUUUGUCGCACGAGGAGGCGAUGUGGUCGUUUAAGCUGAUCUACACUCUCUUCAAAGUUCGUGGGUUCAAAGCCGUGUUGCGAUUGCUUCCGCACAGCGUAGAUGACUUGAAAAAGACUUUUUUGUGUUUUGAGUUGACCACGUUCGAGUGGGUUUUUGGAUCUGAGCUUCGAGGCUCUUCGGCUGGCACGUCGCCCGUGGGCGGGGGCGCGGUGGAGGGCCGGCAAUCGACCGCAUCCAGUUGGGAGGUCGCCUACGUGUUGCUGACUUGGUUGAGCUUGAUCACGCUCGUUCCGUUUGACUUGGAUCUUUUUUUUGAAGCGGCUGCCGACAGACAGGAACUUCGCGAGGGGUUGGCAGCAGCCGAAGGCGAGGUCUUCGAGGGGGGCGAGGGAGAGCCUUACUGCUGCCAGGCGAGCAAGCGACUGUGGGACUUCUUCUGGACGCGAGCCGAGGAGGGCGUCCAGGGAGGACGCUCAUUGUUGUAUGACGAUUUACGGUCGAUAGUGAGACUCUACUCGUUCUAUUCCGGCACGCGGCCUUUAGGGCGCCUUCCGUCUUUUACGCAGCGCAUGGUGACUCUUUGCUACAUUUACCUCAUGGGAACCGCGGUUACCAGGGACGCGGCUGCGUAUUCUUUGGCGUCGAUCUUGACCAGGUUCGACCAUGCUGACGAUUUGGGCGUUUUUGUGUCGACGUUUGUGCGCGCCGUCUCCAAUUACGACGCCGACCAGCUCGAGCUGUCCGAGUGCCCCGCUCGGCAAGUGCUCCACCGCAACCUGAUUAGGGGCUUCUAUCAGACGCUCGUUUUUGUUUUUCAAAGGGGAGAAGUCGAGUGUCUCAGGGCGCACGCGUCGAGCGUGCUGGACUGUUGUUUCUUUCGGUUGAGGGAAGAGAUCGGAUCGGAGGGGGACGCGGAGAGGGCUAUGGUUUGCAAGGGGGCGGAAAGCAAGAGAUUGUCCGUCAAGCUGUUGCAGUGGAUUGUGAUGGCGGUGGUCAAGCCUAUCAAGAUCAAGCGGGCGUGGCACGAAAAACCUAGGACGUAUUCUCUGACGUUGAGUCCGGCCUGCGAGAAGUUCCCGGAGCGGACUUCGAGUUCGGCCGACGCGCCGGAAUCGGACGCACCUCCUUUAGAGGAGCUUGUUCUGGGCAACCAGGCGGACAUAGUCGCGGCGAACUCGUUCGUUUCGGAGCAUUUGGAGGCGAUUGUUAGGUUGAUGCUGUACGGAUUGAGGGACAGGGAGUCUGUGGUGCGUUAUUCGUCGGCCAAGGGAAUUGCCAGAAUUUCUAGCCAUUUGACCCGGUUGCUGGUUGACGACGUUCUGGAUUCGUUGGUUGCUCUGCUAGACCGACGCGAAUCUUCCUCGACGUGGCACGGAUGCAUGCUGGCGCUCGCUGAGUGCACACGUCGGGGCGUCGUACCCAUUUCGCGCCUCGUCGAUUUUAUUCCGGGCCUGAGGAAGGCGUUCGUGUUCGAGAGACGACAGGGCACCUUCGUCGUCGGAGAUUACGUGCGAGAUGCCGCCUGUUACGUCGCUUGGUCGAUCGCGCGGUCCUACGACCCGAGCUGCUUGUCCGUCCAGCCCUUCCUGCAGGGCUUGGUUUGUGAUUUGUUUGUCGUGGCCGUGUUCGACCGCGAAGUCAACUGUCGCCGAGCGGCCGCGGCGGCCUACCAAGAGCUGGUCGGCCGCCUGCCUAGCGAAUCCAUCGCUCACGGAAUAGACGCGUCUUCUCAGAUCCACUUCUUCUCGGUUUCCAGCCGCACUCGCUGCUACCUGCAAUUCGCGUCUCUGGUCGCCGCGUACGCCGAACCGUACAAGCGCGCGCUGGUCGACCACCUGGUCGACCACAAGCUCUCGCACAUAGACCGGCACGUCCGCUGUCUCGCCGCCCAGGCGCUGGGCAGCAUGUUGUCCAUCGAAGACUACGACCAAUACGUGCCCUCCGUGCUGAAAACCCUGAUCCCCAGGGCACUCGAUUCGGACCCGUUUGCAAGGCACGGCGCCAUCCUAGCUGUCGCCGAAUCGCUGUUCAGACUGAACGCCCUGCUCUGCCAACAGCAAAACCAAAAGCCAAACGCCUUCGAUCCCACCGACCGCGUCGCCACCGCGUCGGACCCCCCCUGCCUCACCACGUACCUCGGCAAGGAGCUCGCAGAGGACGUCUGCAAUUUACCGGUCGCAAUCUGUCUCGCCAAGCUGGACCGCGGACGCGGCAGCGAACCGACCAGAGUCGCCCUGUCUCGCCUGCUAGAAGCCCUCUUCACGCUCGCCGUCCCCUUCUCGUUCGCCCAAAACGCCGCCAAAAGCGACGUCAGGAGCCGCCUCAAGGACCAGUUCUCCGCCUCCCGCCUGCGCCCCCUCGCGCAGAAAAACCGCCCGCCAUCUCUGCAAGAACUCUUGCUGUUCCUGCAAGAGAACCUCAAGUCGUCCUCCGAAGAGCUCGUCCAAACGUCGAUUCAGGCCCUCACCGUCCUCAACCGAGUCUACCUCACCGGGCUGGCCGAACCGCAGCGGAGCGGCUUGAUCGCGAAUUGGAUCUCCGCCCUCCAAAAAGAGACUAAUCCAAUCGCUCGGCGGGCGUACGCGCUGAUCCUAGGAGUCCUGUCACCCUCUACGGCCGGCCGCCAGCUCAAGCCCGCGCUGGACUGUCUGGUCCGCGCCACCAGCAACGACGGCGACGAGUCCAACGACAUAGAAACCAGGAAAAACGCAGUCGUCUCCAUAACGCGCCUUGUUUGUCAGCUCGUCGAGCAAAAAUUGUCCGUCCAAGCGGCCGAGACCCCCGUUGACGCCCAUCCGAUCGCGGACGCCCUCGUUCGGUGUCUAGACGACUACACGACGAACAACCAAGGCGACGUCGGCUCCAAACUAAGAGAGACCGCAAUUCUCUCGCUGAAAGCCAUAAUAGACAAGCAAGUCCAUCAAAACGCUUCUCAAGGACUCCCGCCUGUCCAUUGUCUGUCCGCGGAGGCGACGAGGGCGCUCUUCUACAGGCUCGUAAAGCAAACGGUCGAGAGGAUAGACCGGACGCGCCAAGUCGCCGGGUCCGCGCUGGAGUUCAUACUGCGCUUGGCUGCCGACUCCGGCAACUCGGGCCAGCAAAACGCGGCCCCCCUCGAUCUAAUUUCUCUCAUCCCCCAUCUGCGCGAGCUCAGGUCCAGACUCGAAGCGCACAAAGACAAUCGCCGACGAAGCGAACGGAUUGUCGAAAACGACUCCGAUUGGGCAUCUACCGCCUUCGUGUUUCCGCUCGUGAUCCCCUGGCUCGAAUACGACGAAUACCGAUAUUGGAUCUCUCUGGGCCUGCUACGAAGCGUGAAGGAAGUCGACGAAUAUCGACAGGUGAUAGACGAGGCAAGCUCCGCCCUCAUCGACUACUGCAAAUCAAGAGCGCAAUCGCCGAUUUCAGGCGCCACCGCUGUCUAUUCCGUCGCCACGACCUUCGUCCGCAUCAUACGCGACUGCCUGGACGCCGACUUGAUAGUCCAGAACACCUGGAUUAUUCUGGAAACCCUGUUCGCGUCCAACUGCUUCGACUGCUUGGACUCCAACCUCUUUUCAAAAUUCGCGUGGGGCCUUUACCAGGCCAGUCGAAAGGCGCUGCUGCGCUCGGCCACCGUAAAAAAGCUGAGACUCUCCGUGCCAAUAUUCAUGAGGCUUUUGCGCGCACCGGAGGAGGACCCCGAAGUGGAGGGCCAGAGCGUUCGACAGCUGUCCUUAAAGGUCUUCUUGUACUUCCUCGGGUGCAGCUAUCCCGUGAUUCGCAGGGUCGCCGCAAAAAGGCUACUCGACCAAUUGCAGGCACAUCCAGACAUCGUCGCGAAUCGCCCGAAACUGGACGGCUCGCUCGCCCGAGAAGAGGACUUGGACCAAAUCAGACAGGCGUUGACCUCUCUGGACUCUUGGACGGACGAAACCCGCUUCCAAGGACAGAGAAACUUAGUGGGUGGACUCCUGGGACAAAGCAUGCGCACUUGA